AUGAAGAGAAAAUAGUAUUGCUAAUUCAUGGAUUAGCUGGAUCCGGCAAAAUUACUACAGCCAAAAAAAUUGAAGAGUUUAUUUGGAAAUUACAUGAUAGUAAUAAAAAAAUUGGGAAUUAUGUACUAAUACCUGUUUAUAUUUCAUUACCCUCUUAAAAAACCCUGUUUUUUAAGCAGUAGAGGAAUCACUUAAAUAAGCUGAUUAUGGGUUUGAUGCUCUCUAGUUGAAAGAAUGUAAAGAAAUGUUGUAAAAGAAAGAAUUCCGAUUCAUAUUAAUAAUGGACAGUUAUGAUGAAAUGAAGCUAGAGAAUAUUUAGAAAAAUUUAUACAUUAAUAAUAAGCUCAAAUAAAAUUGGUCAGACCCUCUUGUUAUUUUUACCACCAGAAGUGACAUUUUUACGAGCAGCAAUUAUGGCGACUGGUUUGCGCUGGAAGAGAAAUAGAAAUUUAAAGAAAUCUAGCUACUUCAGUUUGAAUAGAUUUAAAAAUAAGAAUAUCUUAAGGAAUUUACGAUUUAAAGUAUUUAUAUGUUAAUUUUUGAUAUAAAUGAAUGGUAAGUCUCAACUUAAAACCAAAAAGCUCUGGAUUUUAAAAGGUUUGAACAGAGUUGGGAAAAGAUAUAGUUAUCAUUUUUGAAAUUGAUGAAGUAAAGUGGAAAUCUGAGACUCUUUUGA